UUGGCACAAUGAUUCAUUUUCAUGUGUUGUGUCAAAUUCAUGCAUUGUGGUGUAUUUAUCACACGUUGGGACUUCAUUGCAAGGAAUGUAAUAUGAACUAUUCUCGAUGAUAGGAAAGGAGGCCGUUGGUGUCUGUAGGUCCUGGGCUUACGGGAAGAGUAGUUGGAGAUGUUGUUGCUUAUGCAGGUUGAACCGGGGCAUACUGUUCUUGUUCAUGCUGCAGCUGGUGGUGUAGGGUCUCUGUUAUGCCAAUGGGCAAGCGCAGUUAUCGGAACUGUCUCUACGAAAGAGAAGGCAGCUCAAGCUAAGGACGAUGACUGCCAUCAUGCUUUAUUGUAUGAGGAAGAUUUCGUUAGUCGCGUCAAUGAGAUUACAUCCGGUAAUGGAGUUGAUGUCGUCUAUGAUUCUGUAGGAAAGGAUACAUUUCAGGUGUCUGAUUAGUAGAAAAUAAUCGGCGUAGCAUGAACCGUGGAUUUGAGUUUUGAUUUAUGUCAUUCCGAAAUGCAUGAUGGGGCAGGCAGUGAUUCGUGGUUAACAAGGCCUUCUAUGAUGCAAUACACUGCAACGAGGGAUGAACUGCUGCGUUCUG